AUGGAGGAAGUGAAACGGCUUCACGCGCGCUUGCUCCGGCGCGGGGUGCGCCGCCUGCAGCCGCUCCUCCUCCGCGUCCUCGCCGCCGGCGACCUCCGCUACGCCGCGCUCCUCCUCGCCUCCUCUCCCCGCUCCGCCACUCUCCACGACCGCCUCCUCCACGCGCUCGCGUCCUCGCGCAGCCCGCUCCUCAUCCCCUCCUUCUCCCGCGCCCACCGCCUCCGCCUCCUCACCCCUCUCUCCUUCACCUUCCUCCUCUCCUCGCCCCCCUCCUCCUCCGCGCCCUCCGCGCUCCCCGCCCACGCCCUGCUCGUCAAGUCCGGCCACUUCGCGUCCGGCGACCCCUUCCUCGGCUCCGCGCUCGUCUCCUUCUACGCCAGGAACCGCCUCCUCGCCGACGCCAGGCGGGUGCUCGACGAAAUGCCGCGCAGGGACACGGCCGUGUGCAACGCGCUGCUCUCGGCCUACGCGAGGGCCGGCCUCCUCGACGCCGCGGAGAAGCUGUUCGGGGAAAUGCCGGACCGGAACGUCGUCUCGUGGACCGCCAUGGUGUCCGGCUACGCGCAGAACGGACGGCACGCGGAGGCCGUGGCGGCGUUCCUGGAGAUGUGGGAGCGGGCAGGGGUGCAGCCGAAUGAGCUGACGGUGAGCAGCGUGCUGCCCGCGUGCGCGGCUGUUGGGGCCAUGGAGCUGGGGAUGAAGGUGGAGGAGUACGCGAGGGGCAAAGGCCACCUGAGUAAUGUGUUUGUCACCAAUGCACUGCUGGAGAUGUAUGCCAAGUGUGGCAGCAUCCAAAGAGCUUGGCAGGUGUUUCAGGGGAUCGGUCGUCGGCGAGAUCUCUGUUCUUGGAACUCGAUGGUCAUGGCGUUUGCCUUGCAUGGCUCCUGGAGGGAAGCCCUUGCCCUGUUCCAUAAGCUGAGGAUGACAGGGGUGAAACCAGAUGGUAUCACAUUUGUUGGAGUCAUUUUGGCUUGCACUCAUGGAGGUUUGGUGGAUGAAGGAAAGCUACUCUUCAACUCCAUGGAGGCCGACUUUAGUAUUACUCCAAGAAUCGAGCACUAUGGUUGCAUGGUUGAUCUGCUUGGGCGUGCUGGUCUCCUGAAUGAAGCCUACAGUAUGAUAGUAAGCAUGCCAGUGGAGCCUGACGCCGUCAUCUGGGGAGCGUUGCUCGGUGCCUGCAGCUUCCAUGGAAACGUAGAACUAGCGGAAACAGCAGUAAACAAACUCAUCUUUCUCGAGCCACAAAACACUGGAAAUCUGGUGAUCCUGUCAAACAUAUACGCGUCGUCUGGAAAAUGGGACGGUGUUGCCCAGGUAUGGAAGUUGCUCAAGGAGAAAGACCACAAGAAAUCAGCUGGGUACAGCUUCAUUGAGCUAGAUGGCAAGAUGCACAAGUUCCUUGUUGAGGAUAAGUCGCAUCCAAGAUUCGUGGAGGUGUACAGCAUCCUUGACAGUGUCACAUUGCUCAUGAAGCUUGUCAGACUAGAAAAUGAGGAAGAAGUGGAACAGCUGUUUCUGUCACCUGUAGAGUUCUAAAUUCAUAGAGAUGUGAAGAGACUGUUAUAGAAAAAGUGAGCUCAAAUUGAUGUAGAAAGGGAUUAUUCAAAAAAGUGGCAACAGAAGGAAUGUCAAAUCAAGUGAGUGCAUAGCACCACCUGGGCAUGGACUCUUCUCUUCUUGAUGCUAUAAAUCAAAAUGGUCGUUCAUGCUGUGUUUGCUAUUAAGAUGCACAGACCACUGGGAAUUCCAGACGAAGCAUAUAAUUCCAAGAUACAGCCCAACAAGGUACGUUUAUUCUUGAAUAACGAAAUCGACAUACGAGAACCGAUAUGAUAAGCAAAUGAGCACAGAGUACAGAAACAUAUUGUGUUGAGGUCUUGAGGAUAUAUAAUUUGUUGAGUCUGUGCGCUUCAUUGCUGCCACACUAUGUAGUGUCAUGAGCAGAGGCGGGAGGGAGAAAGUAGUAGCAGAAAUAGUGAGUUUGUUUAUAGCUCCCAUGCACAUGCAGGAUGCAGCCAUUCCCUGGACCAACCUUUUUUUUUUGCCAAGAUCUAUGGUGGAAUCUUGGAAAUUGUUUGCUCGUUUGCAGAACAUAAUAAAAAUGGCUUGAAUUUUCUUUCC